AUGAGAGGUCCAAAAUACGUAGAAUAGGAUAUCAUAAAAAAAGUAUGCUAUGCUGAAUAGUUCCAAUAACACAAAUUCAAACUGUUGAAUACCAAAUCAGAUCCACAUCUCUCUAAAAAACAUGUGUUAUCAGAUAAUGAUAAGUAUUAGUAAAUAAGGGCGAAUAAAUUUUAUACAAAACUUUAGGUAGAUCUUUAGAAAGAACAGCGACUCUAUAAGGAGAAUGCAAAGAUUCUCAAUCGCAUUGUGGAUAUUGGAAAUUAAAAAACAUAUUCUUCGAUGCCAAAAAGAUCUGUCACUCGUCAAAGUUCAGCCAACUCUAUCAAAUCUCUUAAUUUGUCUUAUAGAAAACAAGAGGCAAAAAAAAUCGUAGGAGAAAAUGAAAAAUUAAUGUAGCGGUUAUAAAGAACUCCAUCUUCGUUUAGAAAUAAGGAAACUCUAUUCAAGGACUAUAAGAAAACUUUGGAACUCAAAAAUAGAAUUUCUAAAUUCUCUUAAUAAAAUUAGUAAAAGAUGGGCAAAAUCAUUGAAAGAUUGACUAAAACAACGACAAAUCCAAAAUAUUCAAAAACAAAUCAAAGCAGAACCAGUGCACCAACAUAUUAGAAUUCAGCUUUGUCAAGAUUAAGAAUUGAGCCUGAUACUAAACAAUAAAAAUUGUAAUUUCCAAGAAUCAAAUGA